AUGGCGGCACUCGUGGCGCCUGUGGGUCCUACGCUCUCAAUUCCGCCUUCCUCGUCCUCCCGCGCCGCCUCCCCGCUUAUCUGCUCACGGGCGACGCUUGACAGGCCGCAUAAGCCGCCUCCUUCGGUGAUUAACGCGGCGAUUAGCGCGGCUCGUAGCACGGCUCACAGCGGAAGCUCUUUUAAUCAACAACAGCACGAUGAUCGGAAUCACAAUCGGCGAUGGCAUCGGCAGCAUCAGUCAACGUUGCAGCUCCCGACAUUUUUCCACCGGGCGCCGCUUUCCCCGCACGGCACUGCCGCAAUUCUUCCCCCGCGCGUCGUCCGCACUUGCGCGCGCUUCCCGCCCGUCCCCGCAAUCGCCGCCGCCGCUACCGGCCCCGUUUCCCCCGGCGCUUCUCGCGGCCCGCAACCCCCUUCCGCAUCAUCCGGCCCCGCUGCGCCCACUGCAACCAUCGCCGCCGCUGCCGCCUCUGCCGCCGCGUCCGCUGCCGUCGAAACCGCUGCGGGUGCCGUCACGACGGCCGUAGCAGCGCUCGAUCUGGAGGCGCAAAAGAAGCCGCAAGUGGCGCCGCAAGUUGCGCCGAAAACUCCGCAUUUAGAUUCACGAAACACAAUCACCGUGAGAAGCCCAGUGGGAGUGGACGAGCCACCGUUGCUGCGGGCGCGGUUAACGGAGCGGCCUGUACCGGGGCAGGCGCGGUGGCAGCCGCCUGCGGGGCAGCCGAGCCGCUGCUUCUUGCCACGUCCGCUGACGUACAGCUCGAGCCUUGCUGACGUGGAUCCCGACGAGGUGGCGCACGUGUGGUACCGCACGCUCAAGGUGGAGAGGGAACCGAGGAAAGUGAUGAAGGCCAUGCGCCACAGCUACUCGAUCGUGGUGGUAAUGGAUGAGUCGCAGCGCAGCCUCUCAGGCAAACGCGGAAAGACCAUUGGCGUGGGAAGAGCCAUAUCCGAUGGGUCCUUUGUGGCCACCAUAUGCGACGUGGCAGUGCUGCCGGAGUAUCAACAGAAGGGCGUGGGCAGACGAAUCGUCCGGAAGCUGAUCCAGGACAUGCAGCGAAGAGGACCCAGUGGUUAUGCAGUCUUCCCCCCUCCCCUGGCUCGCCGCUUCUUCUGGAUGAUGGGCUUCAGAUUCGAAACCAACCAGCUUUCCCUGACCCAAUCUGAGGCAGUCACCUCGCUAGCUUCCAUUUUCGCCCUCUUUGAAUGUACUUCCCACUCGGCUCCCAAAUACGAGCGCAAGUACAGCCUCAUGGCCUAUUGUGGGCAGCUCAUAGAGCCGUCUGCUGCUGUUGCUACCCCUGCUGCUGCCAAUCUGACUCUUUUCCUUCCAUUUCUCCCUCUCCCUUCCAUUUCUCCCUCUCCCUUCCAUUUUUCCCUCCAUCCGUUUCUCCCUCUCCCUUCCAUUUCUCCCUCUCCCUUCCGUUUCUCCCUCUCUUUCCGUUUCACCCUCUCCCUUCCAUUUCUCCCUCUCCCUUCCAUUUCUCCCUCUCCCUUCCGUUUCUCCCUCUCCCUUCCGUUUCUCCCUCUCCCUUCCCUUUCUCCCUCUCCCUUCCGUUUCUCCCUCUCCCUUCCCUUUCUCCCUCUCCCUUCCGUUUCUCCCUCUCCCUUCCCUUUCUCCCUCUCCCUUCCGUUUCGCCCUCUCCCUUCCGUUUCUCCCUCUCCCUUUCAUUUACCUCUCUCCCUUCCAUUUCUCCCGCUCCAUGCUCCCCGCUCUCUAAGGUACGAGCGCAAGUACAGCCUCAUGGCCUAUCACGGGCAGCUCAUGGAGCCGUCUGCUGCUUCAGAUUCCACCUGUUCCCCGGUCUCCGUUUCAUUUCUCCCUAUCUAUUCGACCCAUUCUCCUCCCAGAUACGAGCGCAAGUACAGCCUCAUGGCCUAUCACGGGCAGCUCAUGGAGCCGUCUGCUGCUCUUGCUUCCACUGCUGCCACUCCUGCUGCUCCGGCUGCAGCAGUUGCUGCUGGUCACUCUGGUGCUAUGUCUUAUUCGGAAAGGGUGGAUGGAGGGGGGGAGGAGGAGCAGAUGGAGAGGAGCGGAAGAGGGAGUAUGCGUUUCGGAAAGGACGAGGAGCAUUGGCAGUAA